AUGCCCCUGGGCGGUCUAUUCGGUGGCGGGUCGAAGGCGCAACCGCUCUCGAAUGAAGCCCGCGAAAAGGGGAAGGGAAAGGAUGGAAAAGACGAUAAAGAUGCCAGAGGCACUCAACUACACGUCCACAAUCACAAUGUUGUCGUCGACAAGAAGUUGGCUGAAGGCGGUUUCGCCAUCGUCUACCUCGUCGUCGACAAAAAGAACCGUCAAUUCGCCCUGAAACGACAGUUCAUCAACGACGACUUGAAGCAGGUCGAAGCCUGCCGCCGCGAGAGCCAAAUUAUCAGCAGCCUCCGGGGCCACAAAAACAUCGUGGAGUACGUCGACCACUCGCUGGAGAAGAACAAGGCCGGCGUGUACGACUACAUGCUGUUGACGGCCUAUUAUAAAACUUCUGUGCUCGGGGUGAUGAACGAGAAAUUGGUGCACGGCAAGGGUUUCUCCCCCUCCGAGGUGCUGGCCAUCUUCUGCGACAUGUGCGAGGCGGUCGCCAGGCUUCACCAUUCUAAUACCCCCGUCAUACAUCGGGACUUAAAGGUGGAAAAUAUUCUGGUGGAUGAGCGGAAUCGCGGCGCGGCUCCCAUCUAUGUGCUGUGCGAUUUCGGGAGUGCGACGACUCGGGUGUUGUCCACCGACGCCUACCCGAUCAGCGCCAUCCAGGAGGAGAUCGAGCGGUACACGACGCUCAGCUACCGCGCCCCGGAGAUGAUCGACCUGUACUCCGGGCGGCCGAUUGGUACCAAGGCCGAUAUCUGGGCCCUUGGGGUGAUGCUCUACAAGCUGUGCUACUUCGCGCUCCCCUUCGGCGACUCGGCGUUGGCCAUUCAAAAUGGCGCCGUCACGUUUCCCGCCACCCCGGAAUACCCGGUUGAGAUCCGGACGAUCAUUCGAACCCUGCUCAACGCCAAUUCUGACAUGCGCCCGAACGUCUACCAAACCUCGGCGCUCGCGUCUGACGCCGCGAAGCGCCCGAACCCUGUACAUAAUAUUGAGAAAGUAACCACCCCGAGUUUGGAGCGAUCAGUGGCCGAUUUUCUGGAGGGCCGAGUGCCCGGAAAGGAGGCGACCGUCGCGUAUGUGAAAGUCGAGAAAAAGCCCGACCCUCCGCCCCAACCCAGCCCACAGCUCGACCCGAUGCGCAGCAGCCAGAUUCAGCAGCCCCAGACGACGUCCGUCAACCCCAGGCUGCGCCCGAAACCUACGAACAGCGUCCCACGGCUUCCGAAUAUGGCCUGCGCCAGUCCACAGCUUCAACCCCGCUCCACGACGACGCGAACAACAAGCAACUCUGAGCCGGAUCUACCCCCGACCACCAGCCAGGCUUCAUCAACCGUUCUUCCCCCCCCGGAAGUCGAUCUGGGCCCCCUGUCGUGUCCGUUGAUGAAGGCCGACGCGAGCUUUGAUGGAUUAGACGAGAUUGCACGACGCCCAAGGCGGACUGAAGGCAGCGCCGAGACCGUAACCGACAGCUCGAGAAAAACAUCUCAUGUACGAAACGUCAGCGACUGCUCCACUAUCAUCAAAAGCGCCUUCAAGCCGUACAGCCAGACGAAGGAGAGCCAGGGAGAGGAGCGACAGUGGAACCCGUUCACCUCUGCGCCGUAUGGGACUGGUGAGGGGAUGGACGACUCGAGAUUUGGGGCCUGCUUCGACGAGCUUCCGCGAAACUCCAACCAGGAAGGUCGACGAGAGGACUCCUCGGACAUGGACGAAGCCAGAGAAGCGUCGCGACGUCGGUUCAGCUAUGAACAUAUCGAUGGUGUGGGCGACGACGCGAGCAGCGACAGCCGAGCCAGAACGGAGGACGACAGUAAUACUGAUGAUCAAAAGUUGGACGACGAUGAAGACGAAGCCGACGCGUCGCUGACGACCGAGGGCGGGGCUCAGACAGAUGAGGAAGGGGGUAGUAGACCUCUGCUUGACGAUGACGAGCUCGAGAUGGAGCACGAGGACAACGACGCGCUGUGGAUCGAACCAGCGCCACCUGUCCCUGCUAGUGCCCCCGUCGUUGCCUACGAACCGCCGGUCGUCGGCACCCUUGUCGACGUCACCGAACCGGAGACGUACCGGGAAGAAACCGUCAUCUACCAGGCCCCACCACCCGUCCCAUCACACAAAACCUCGCGUUCUUCCGCCCAGAACGAGGCGCAGCGGAGUGAAAUUUCGCUGCUAAGCCGCUCGACCGAGAACGCGGACUCGUUCAGCGCCGUCCACGCAAUCGCCUCGUCCUCGCUGGUAACGCAGGCGACCCCUAAGGGGUUCGGCUACUGCAGCCCGCGCACCAAAAAGGAAAAGAAGAAAAGUGUGGCUAGAAAACCAUCGUCCAGCUCUGAAGAAUCGCCCCAGACUGACGACAGCGGCGCCGAGAUGUUCAGCAGCAACACAACCGAGGGCAAGUCGAAGAAGGGCAAGCACAAACUGCGUGGAUCCCACUCUUCCGUGGUGGCCGUGGCCCCAACCGAGUUGAAGUUGACCCCGAUGGAUGUACAGAAAUUGCAAAAACGCGGCAGCAGCUCGAAGCGGGGCGACUACAGCGCCGGGGCGGCCAAUGCCAGCUUUGUCAACAGCAGUUUUCAGGCCGAAGACAUCGACUCGCCGCCCCGGGGUUGUCUCGGCUUCUCGAAUGGGCUUCUCCUCCUCGGCAGCAGCUUGUUGACCGUCUACCUCUUUAUCGUCAUCCUGAUGGCCGCGCUUGGGCAGCAGACGUGCCGUUGCGUGCUGAGUAAUCGGGCCGUCGAGCUGCCGGCGAACGAUUUCUUCGACUGGAAGGAGGGGCUCAAUGACACCAUCUUGCUCCAAAAAUGCAACCAGCACAUCGCGGCCAAGGGCGAGCAGCACAUCGUGACGGAUAUUGAACGGAUGCAGCUGCUGGACGAACAAUUGACGGUAGGCAUCUGCCUGACGGUGAUCAAGUGGUGGGUGGUGAUCCCGGUGUUCCUCGUCGCCAUCACCCUGUUGAUGAUCACGGCUUCAUCGUGUCGCGGGCUGUGGUCCGAUCGGGAUUAUUGCAUUCAGAUACCAGCCAUUGUGGCAGCGGUAGUCGUUCUGGCCGGCUUCAUCUUCUUGGCCCUCAAGUUCAACAGCGACAGCGGCAAGCUGGGGCUAACCAUGCGAAGUUUUUUGCUGCCCAUCAUCGAGCACACCAUCUACCUGGCCCUGCUGGUGACGCUGUGCAUCUACGCGUGCCGCCGCGAGAAGUCGUCGAAGCGCCAAGUGACGCCCCCCACGAAGAGUUCAGACGCCGCCCCGACGAUCGCCUCCCAAAAGUCGAUGGCCUCGACGCCGAGCCGGAAGUCCCCAGGGCCAGCGUCUUCGAGCCGUUCAGCAGCACCAUCUCCGGCACCGCCACCGCAAUCCGUACCGACGCCCUCUUCCCGCGAGCCGAUCAAUAACGGUACUGGAUCCGCCGAGCCAAUGGUCCAGGGGCAAUCGGCAGAGAGUGGUGAUGCCCAUCCUCUACCGGCUGCAAACAACAACAACAACAACCCGCCGACCUUCCUCGCGGCGUCGGGUGGUGGGGAGAAGAUCAGCGACGAUUCUCCACCACGAGCGCCCGAGAAGCCAGUGGCCUACGCGGGUGGCCCUAACCCGGCUGAUACCUGG